AUGGCCAAUAUUAGCCCAACAUAUCUAUUGACGCCACGCGCAGACCUGUCAGCAUAUGUGGCCUCGGUGGCUCUAGAGCGCGGCGAGAAGGGAGUCGGGCUCACUUGUCUGGAAGCAUUUUGCAAAAAUGGAGGAGCGACGGGCUCCUACAGUCGAAAGACCCCCAGUGCUAGCGAUGGAAGAAUUGGGGGAGAAGAAGUGGUGGCGGAAAAUGAACGAGAGUGA